AUGGCGAAACUAUCUUCUCUCCUAUUGGCUUCGGCCCAUCUUAUCGCUUCUGUCCACAGUUUGCCCGCGGACUCUGUGAAGAGAACCCAAGCCAUCCACGAGGUUCGGGAGAUUACCUUGUCCAACAUUCCUGUGACGACAAGUUAUAGCAAAAGUAUCAAAACGAUGCAGUCGGUUGCUCCUACUGAAGCACCAAAACCCGGGACCUUCUUGACAGGACUUCCUCCAGGUGGCUUUACAAGAGAUCCAGCCGAUGGGCCAGGUGUCACAACCACCCUCAAGUCAUUAUCUCCAGUUCAUACUUCACUCAAGCCUGGUCCUACGGAUGCCAUGCGCAUCGACUCGGACAACAUCUUUCAACCAAUUGCAGCCGGAGCGCCUCCAAGCUAUCUCUCUGUUCGAAACGACCACCCUGUCAAGAAGCAGCACAUUGAGGAUGGCAAUGUACCCAUUCAGACGAACAAGUUUUAUGCAAACCUGUUCCUCGGUACUCAGUCUUUCCCAGUAUCGACACACCCCUACUCGUUGUCUUGGGCCAAGGGCAACGGUAACUCUUACGGCAUGGCUAUCACUCAUACUAUCAGAGAUCAGUUCGCCUUUGGUCCCAGCAGGGACAAUGCGCGAUACUUCAUCUCACCACUUGGCAUCUACUCCAUUAUUCUUUCUGCCCAAGAGCUUGGGUCAGACACUAUCCUCUCUGUGGAAGACCUGACCGCUUUCUCUGCGACUGCCAACUUGCGCUCGCCCAGCGCUGGUGGAAAUCGCGUUCUGGUGUCUGUUCCUGUGGUUCAAGGCAUGGGUAUGAUGACUGCCAUCUAUAACAAUGCAAAGCCGGUGAUCAGCACUACCGUCUUCUUCCGCUCUCUGGAAUAUGUGGGAACAGUCAAUGGCGCGACCGCAAAAUACAGAGUCACGCUAAACGAUGACACCUGCUGGCUUCUCUACGCUACUUCAUCCAGCGCAGCUGGCACGGUUCCUUUCACAUUGGACAGCAACAGCCAGAUCAGUGGCCCAGCGGGAUUCGUAGGCACAAUCCAGGUCACCAAGAACCCGUCAGGGCAAGGCAUGGAACCCGUCUUUGACAACAGUGCCGGCGCCUACGCUGUAGGUGCUACCGUUUCUGCAUCGGUCAACGGUGCAACUGCAAGUUACUCCAUCAGCUGGACAAAGGCUGGCGCAACAAGCCAGACUCUGCUCAUGUAUGCGCUGCCGCAUCACGUGGAAUCAUUCGACUCGCAAACAAAAGCAGCCCUGAACAACAUUACACUCGUGACAACGACAAAGGGCUUUGCCAAGGCCAUCUGUGCUGACAAGAUGACUAUGGUCGAGAACGAUCUUCCCGACACAAUCAACUUUGCGCCUUGGUCCAAGAAUGCCAACGGUGCUGGAGGCUCCGACGACUUUCAACUCAGCGCCUCGGCUAUUGCGCUCAUCAACAAAGUAGGCGUCUCUGAGCUCAGUCAGAACAUGAUUGCCCAGACGUCACUGAACAGCAUGUACUACUCGGGCAAAGGCUUGGCCAAGUUCGCGAACAUCAUAUACACGCUCAACUCCAUCACUGGCAACAGCCAAUAUGCUGCCGCUGGGCUGGUCCGUCUCAAGGAUGCCUUCAACGUCUUUGUCAACAACACGCAGCCCGAGCCACUCUUCUACGACAACGUCUGGAAAGGUGUCGUCUCCAGUGCCAGCUACGCGCCUCCCUACGACACUGGUCUCGACUUUGGCAACACGCUCUACAACGACCACCACUUCCACUACGGCUACUUCCUCUACACUGCUGCCGUCAUUGGCCAUCUCGAUCCCACCUGGCUCACUCAAGGCAACAACAAAGCCUGGGUCCAAACCCUUGCUCGCGACUACGCCAACCCCGUCGACGACCAGUACUUCCCGAUGCAGCGCUCGUUUGACUGGUUCCACGGCCACUCAUGGGCCAAGGGACUCUUCGAGUCUGGCGACGGCAAAGACCAAGAAUCAACGUCGGAAGACACGUUUGCGACGUUUGCGCUCCGCAUGUGGGGCAAGACGAUCCAAGACAGCAACAUGGUGGCGCGCGCGAACCUGCAACUGGCGGUGCAAGCGCGCAGUCUGAACAACUACUUCCUGAUGCAAAGCAACAACGCGAACCAGCCGCCGGGCUUCAUCCACAACAAAGUCACGGGCAUCCUGUUUGAGAACAAGGUCGAUCACACGACGUACUUUGGCAGCAACGUGGCGUUUAUCCAGGGCAUCCACAUGAUCCCGCAGAACCCCGUGUCGUCGUACACGCGCCAGCGCUCCUUUGUCCAGCAGGAGUGGGACACGUACUUUGGCAACGGCGCGGCCGAGCAGGCGCCCGGCGGCUGGGCCGGCAUCCUCAAGGCGAACCAGGCACUCAUCAAUCCCCAGGCGGCGUGGGACUACUUCUCCAACCCGGCUUUCUCCGACACCCUGGAUGGCGGCGCAAGUCUCACUUGGUACCUUACGUACUCGGCUGCCAUGCUGAUUCCGCCUGCAGCGCGAGACGAUUUCUCAUGA